AUGUCAUUUAGAAAAUCUAAUAUUUAUUUAAAUUUAGUAAAUAGUUAUAUGAUUGAUUCUCCACAACCUUCAUCAAUUAAUUAUUGAUGAAAUUUAGGAUCAUUAUUAGGAUUAUGUUUAGUAAUUCAAAUUGCAACAGGUAUUUUUUUAGCAAUGCAUUAUUCAUCUAAUAUUGAAUUAGCAUUCUCAUCAGUUGAACAUAUUAUGAGAGAUGUUCAAGGAGGUUGAUUUAUUAGAUAUGCUCAUGCUAAUGGUGCAUCAUUCUUCUUUAUUUGUAUGUAUAUUCAUAUUGGUAAAGGAUUAUAUUAUGGAUCAUAUAGAUCACCUAGAACAUUAGUAUGAAACGUUGGUGUUAUUAUUUUUGUAUUAACAAUGGCAGCUGCAUUCUUAGGAUAUUGUUUAGUAUAUGGACAAAUGAGUCAUUGAGGUGCUACAGUUAUUACUAAUUUAUUCUCAGCUAUUCCAUUAAUUGGACAAGAUAUUGUAUUAUGAUUAUGAGGAGGUUUCUCAGUAUCUAACCCUACAAUUCAAAGAUUCUUUGCAUUCCAUUACUUAGUACCAUUUAUUAUUGCUGCUUGUGUAAUUAUGCAUUUAAUGGCAUUACAUACACAUGGUUCAUCAAAUCCAUUAGGUGUAACAGGUAAUUUAGAUAGAUUACCAAUGCAUGGAUACUUUAUUUUCAAAGAUUUAAUUACAGUAUUUGUAUUCUUAAUUUUCUUCUCAUUAUUUGUAUUCUUCUCACCUAAUACAUUAGGACAUCCUGAUAACUAUAUUCCAGGUAAUCCAUUAGUAACACCAGCAUCAAUUGUACCUGAAUGAUACUUAUUACCAUUCUAUGCUAUUUUAAGAUCAGUACCUGAUAAAUUAUUAGGAGUAUUAACAAUGUUUGGUGCUAUUUUAAUUUUAUUAGUAUUACCUAUUACAGAUAGAAGUGUUAUUAGAGGUAAUGCUUUCAAAGUAUUCUCUAAAUUCUUCUUCUUCUUAUUUAUUGCUAAUUUCAUCUUAUUAGGACAUUUAGGUGAAUGUCAUGUAGAAGUUCCAUUUGUUACUAUGGGACAAAUUGCUACAGUUAUUUACUUCGGUUACUUUAUUGUAAUUGUACCAGUUGUAUCAACAAUUGAAAAUGUAUUAUUCUAUGUAGGUAGAAAAAAUUAA